AUGAUGAAGCCUUGGUGGCUAGGGCUCGCCAGCGACAGAGCGAAAAGGCCAGGCGCCGAGACGAACAGCAUCGAAGAGCAGUUCAUCCAGGAGUACGUUGACCGAGCCACCGACUUGCAAGCACCUCUGAGUGAGGGGUGCCGGCAGAACAGGGAGAUGAAACGCAUGCUUGGAGACCUGCGGCACGAGAACCGGAGCCUCACUGGACGGCUUGAGAACGCUCUACAAAGGACAGUUCCACUGGAGGUUUGUGUUGCAACGUCCCAUGGCGAACGCUAUCAUCUGCAGGCUGCGGCAACAUUAGGAAUUCAAGUAGUGUUCAGAGGAUUUUUCCGUGCCAGCACUGCCUCGGUAGAUGAUGGUGAGUUUGAUGUGUAUAGAUUUUGA